UGCUCCAGCCAAUUAGCUUCUUUUAAGUAGUAUCUUGUAUACUGUUUGAAAGGUAACAUUGUUGUGUGUGAUGUUAUUAAAUAAUAUUUGAUAAUAAUAGUAUUAAGCAAGAAUUUUUCAAAGAAAAUAUGGACUUGGAUACUUCUUAUAUUGAACCUUUACUUGAUGAUUGGCUAGAAGAACUUCAAUCAAUCAUUAAAGCGCAAGAAAGUUUUAUCAAAGCUAAAGACGAAUUUUACAUGCCAUUUGUAGCUAUACCAAUUCCAAUUAUCAAUGCAAUAUUUAAAAUAACAGAAUAUCUCCAUUUGGGGCCAGAUACUAGAUACAUUGCUAUUCACUUAUAUGAUAAAUUUAUGUGUAGCUAUUUUUGGGAAGUAUAUAGAAAUGCUGAUCAAACAGAAAGUUCUUGGUCUCAAGUUUGUAAAAAAGUAGCAAGUCAAUCAAAAUUAUACCUCAUGUCUUGUUUGCAAUUAGCAAAUAAAAUGGAUUCACAUUUCAACAAGUUAAGAAUAUCGCAAGUACUUGGUAUCUUACGGUGUAUAGACAAAAAAUCUGAAUACACACCCAAUGUAAUUUUUCUAUCAGAAUAUAAGGUAUUUAAGACUGUUGGAUUCAGAAUGCCAUUUUACACUCCGUUAAAUUGCGUAGAAAUUCUUUUAGCUGCAACAGGACUUAAGGAUACUCCAAAUAUGCAAGAACUUACUAUAAAUUUAUUGGAUCUAGUUUAUCUGCAGAGGGAGGAAAUAUAUUUUCAUUUGCAAUGUUUGUUGCAAGAACAUAUAGCAAAAACUCAACAAGAAAAGAGGAGUCUUAUGAUGUUAAUGUCAAAUAUAUUAUUUUUGGGAGCUUCUAUCGUUCUUUGUGGGGCAUUCUUUUUGUGUAUAGAUUGUAAAUCAGUAAGAAUUAUAGCUUCAAAAUUAUCGCAAUUAAUAGAUAUGAAGAUUCAUGAUAUUUGGGAUAUGGCUAACAUACUUCUUAUAAUGGCAAUUCAAGAAUAAUUCUUAAAAAAUCUAUGUAAAAGUAAACUUUUGUAUAUUGUAUAUUUGAUAUUACUGCAUAUCAAUAAAUUUGUACAAAUUAUUAAGAAAAUGAGAUAAAAAUUGUUUUUAUUAUUGAUUCAUUUUAGAAUUUUAUAAUUAAUAAUUAAUAAUUAUUAAUAUUGUAAAUUUUUAAUGCUAGUUUUAAAAUAAUUUUAUAUAUGUCCUCUAUAUGCAAUAAAGGAAUGUAAUUCUUACAUAUACCGUUAGGUGAAAUGUAUAAUUACUACAUUCUUAUGAAUAAGUACUUCUUCAAUAGUAAAUAACAUAUACAUCCAACUAUAUUAACUUAAACUAACUUAAACACUUUCAAUAUCUCACUCACUAUUGACAAUACAAAAAUAUAUUAGAGAAAAGAAAUUAUCUGAUUUAGAAGGGCAAAUGUGAUAGUAAUCAUAUUUUUUAUACGUUUCAAGAUUAUCGAUAUUUUUUUAAAUGGAGCUAUAUCUUCUUAUCAUCAUGGCGUUACAGGUUACAGCUGAAAUUAAGAAGAAAAAGUUACGAUAGAAAGAUCAAUGAAGGAAAAUUGAUCUCAACAAGUGUUAAAAAUGAUGCCAAUUGUCAAUAGGAGAAAAGUUUCCUCAACAUUGCGUUGGAUCGCUCUUUGUACAGCCAUUCGAUAUAGCCUGCGCGUUCGCUUGAUCUUAAACCUCUAAGCUUCUUUCUAUGGGGUACGAUUAAACAAACAAUUUAUCAUGAUAUUAGUAUAAUACUAUAAAAUAUGAGAGAUCUGUAUUAAACAGAACAAUGUGAUAAUAUUAGUCGUCACGUUAUACGGGCGGCCAAGAAUCAUACGUUAAUCGCUCACAGAAAUGUAUUGAAGUGGAUGUUCAUAGCUUUGAACACUUGUGAAGUAAGUUUUUCUUCAUCGACCACGCUAAACAUUUAUGAAUUUUUGGUAUUCAAGAUCAUAUGAAUGCAUAAUAUUAUAAGUUUUUGGAUUAAUCGUACCUUCAGCGCUGACGCCAUGAUAAUAAAAAUAUAUACGACCAGGAAUAAAUAUAUACUCUUUAAAACAGAGUAACUUUUUAAAAAUUAGACCAACGAUUUGAAUUUUUUGUUUUGACAAGUUAGAAGGAUUAGUUUACUAGACAAUGUGUAAAAGGAUAUUAGGAAAAUUGCAGUUGGUCGGAAUCGCGAAGAAAAAAGGGUUACUUCGUGUAACUCUAUCCGAGCCUGUAAUGAAAAUUUAAAAAGUACAUUUUGUACAUUUAUGCUAGUUAUAUACAUGUUGAAAAUUUCACC